AUGAAUGACGCAGAUGCAAAGGGUAAAUGUGCAGCAUUUAAGUACCAAAGAAAACGGUGUCAGGAGAAUUGUCCGUUAGCUCCAUUUUUUCCAUCCAAUAAAUUUGAAGAUUUCAAAAAUGUUAGUCGACUUUACAAAGUAAGCACUAUCAUAGAGAUGCUUAAUUCUGUUGCUGACAAUGAGAAAAAGGCAAAAAUGGUUGAAACCCUAAUUUUAGAGGCUAAGAUUAGAUCUGAAAAUCCUGUGUACGGGAGCAUAGCCAUUCAAAACAAAUUGAAGUUGCAAAUUGAAGAAACUAUGAAGGAGAUUGAUUUAGUGAAGAAAACAACCGAUUAUUUCAAGGAAUUGCGUAAAAGAGCAUUCUUCCCCAAGAAAAAUGAAGAAACCUCUACAAGUGGCACACAAAGCUUUCAAGGGCACAAGUCUGACUCGACUUUGGAAAAAGCUACGAGCAUUACUGAGAAUCUUGCCAAUCAAGAUGUGGAAAAAGAUAGGUGA